AUCAUAUUUGACAGCAAGUGACGUAACAAUCGAUAUCUGUAGUAUCAAUAUUUUUUCAUAAAAUAAUCGAUAUUUGAAUAAUGAACAUAAUAUUAAAAUUAAGUUGAUUUUUUUAACUUUUUGUAUUAUAGUCUACUUUGAAAGUAGUUUAUAAUUUUAUUGGCUAAGAUUUUCGCGCAAUGUUGCUAACUUUUUAUACUUUUAUACAUGUGCUGAAGAUGUAGCCAUGUAAUUUGUUUUCUUUCUUCCUAAAAAACGUUUAUAAAUCUACAUUUUGAAAUUUGAUCGAAAAUAUAAUUACGUAAAAAAGAAGACUGUUGGUUAGUAGUCGUUAUUUACAAAUUUUUGAAUAAAAGGAUAAUCAAUAACAAAACUUAAAAAUGUCAAAUAAUAAAAAACAAAAAGAUUGUGGAUAUUACCAAUUAUCUAUAUUCACAACAUUUAGUGAAGAAAAGCGACUUAAAUCAAUCACAAGAAGCAUGAAAAGAAAAAUGAAUCCAAAAUUAAGAAUAUAUGUAAUCUUGAGAUAUAUUUCUAAAGCAUAUAGGAAAGUUAAGGCUGCAGCUAGCUUUUAUAUGAAUAAAAGAAUUUUAGAAAUUCUGGAUAUGAUCUUACCUCAAGAGUAUUUCGGAUCUUCGCAAAAUAGGAAACGUUUCUAUUUUAUCGUUAAUAAGAUAAUGACACAAUCUCGAGGAGAAUGUAUUUUUAAACAUAACUUAUAUGAUGGUUUUGAUUUAGAAUGUAUAAAUUGGCUACCAGAAGCAACAGACGUUACUAAACGACAGAAGCGGUAUUUAAGCCAGACAAAUUGGUACAUUUUAGAACAAAUUGUGAAGCCAUUAAUAAGAAAUUUUUACUUUUGUUUAAAAUCAAUAAAAAGCUACGAAAUUCAAUUUAUACCAUUCAAGAAAUGGAACAAGUUUCAGGCAAACAUAUUCAAAUCCCUCAUUAUUAAUAAACAUUUAAUACCCGGCAAAUUUUCUAAUCCAAGAGGGAGUUUGCAGUUGUUUCCAAGAGGCGAUUUAAACCAAAUGAAAUACCGCCCCAUUGUACGUGCCAACAAAUUGAACCAAAUCCAAAAAAUAAGAAUCACUAAGAUAUUGAGAAAAAUUCAGCAGCUUGCUCUGUCUUUUAGUAAAUCAUCUUCACAAAAGGAACUUACUUUUUGGAAAAAGUGUAUGGAACAAUUAAAAUCUAAAACAUUGUACGGGAUCACAGUCGAUAUAGAAGACGCUUACGGUAAUGUCAAUAUCAAUAAACUAUGUCAAGCAAUCAUCGAAACUAAAUUCGAACAAGAAGAAAAAUCUUUUCUAAUCAACCACAUACAAAAUCAACAUGUAACUUUUAACAAAAAAAUAUUCAAAUGGUCCCACGGUCUCCUACAAGGAGACCAUCUGUCUCCUUGUCUGUGCAAUCUGUAUCUAAGCAUUUUAGAACAUCAACAUUUAUCCAAUUUUAUCGAAACCAAUUACAGAUUACACCGUGUGGUUGAUGAUUAUUUAUUUUGCACGACCGAUAUCUCGGAAAUCGAGUUGUUUAAACGUACUUUCCAACAACUUUUUCCUAUAAACGAAUCCAAAAUCCAAACAGCGAACGUAGACGACUGUCCUUUAUUGAUUUAUUGCGGGAAGGAAAUUAACUUUGCUACUAAGCAAAUCAGUAAACAUUUUGAUGCCGAACAAACUUGUUUGAGACAUAAAUUUAAACUUUGGAACGACAAAGUACCAAAGACUAAAGCUGAAAUAAUAACCGCCGCCGUGAGCUUCCGCAGAACUUAUCAUUAUUUCAAACAUUUUCAAUUGAGCGAUCUUCGAGAUACUGAAGCAAUUUUGACUCAAUAUUUCAAAGGAAUUGUAUACGUCGCGUUUAAAUUUGAUAUGACUGUCCGAUCAGUGGCGGAUUUUAGACAGAAAUCGUCGGAUAUGCCGUUUUUAUUACGUCUUAUAAAAGAUACUAUUACCACUCAUGCCAAAAAGGUGUACCACUAUUUACGUAAUGAAUUUGAUUUCAAGUUAUUACGGACAAUUGCUAAGAAAGCUUUCAUCGUAGUUUUAAAAAAGAAUUCGUGUUUUUAUAAAGAUAUCAUUGGCUCUUUAUGUUUGAACAAACCAGUAUAUAUACACUUGAAAAAUGCAGACAAAAAUUUGGUAAAAUACUUUACAAAAAUUCCUAUAGAAUUUCAAAAAUUAGAAAUGAAAAGGACCUCUAAAAUCUAAAACAGUAUCACCUCAUAUUAAAAUUCGAAGUUUAAGCGGAGCCCAGAGAAGUUGAACCUCGUCUAUCUCCUCAAUGAAAAUUAAAUACAUCGAUUGAUAUUCUCGCCCAUCAAAUCGGUACACCCCACACCUUUAUUAUAUUCGCCGAUUGCAUAGUGUCCAUCGAUAUGUGUGAUUUUUUUCUUCAGCUUUUGAGUAUCGUUUAUUAUCGAGGUGGGAUGGGUACCAAAACAGGUACUCGCUAUGGAAACUUCGUUCUUGUUUAGCUAUUUAAGAAACCCCCUUUCGUUCGCUCUAGCGUAGAUUCGUGCGCUCUUCUUUUAUAUUGUUUACUCACGAUCUUUUUAUUGGUCAACGGACAGUCCUUUGGGAUAGUAACGUUUCCUGUAAAACCAAUCACCGUAAGGUAGACGACUCACAGAUUGAAGCUUGUAAAAAAGUUAUUAAAGAUGAAGUUGUAUGGCAAGUGUUCCUCCUUUGCUCUUUCUACUAACAUGGAAAACAAUUUACAAUUCUGUACAAUUUCCAAAAAACUGUUCAUCUUGAGAACAACAAUUUUUAUUUUUAUCCUGGUACAUAUCACAGCUAACAAGAUACCCAGAUGCAGUAUGGAUGCACCACAUUUUAAAACCAAACCUUAUCGGUUUUAUACACACACAGUGUAUAAACAGUAAUAUUGUACAAAUUCGGUUUUUUUCUCAGCAUUUGAGACCAUCAAGACAUCAAGACAUAUUUUUAUAAAACAUACACUUAGAAAAAAUACUCCUUAAUGCGCAAUAGAUAGAUAGGGCUUUUCUAAAGAAAUGUCCUGAUGAAAUCUAGAUACAGAUGAGAGUGCAGAGUAUGUAUUUCUAAAAACAUAUUACAUCCCAAAGCUUUGUAUGAAAUUUUAAGCUCAUUGAUUAAGUCAUGUAUCUAUAGUUUUCUAGGAAAUUUUGGUCACAAAACAUUUCCAGAUCAUUUAGCUUCCUUUCAAAGUUUGUAUCCUUUAUUAGUUCCCGUAUUUUUGGACCAAUCAAUAUUCCCUCUUCAAUUUUACCUUGCUUUGUUUGGGAAAUAUCUCUUCCAGAUAUAAGAAUCCAUUUCUAUCUUUAGGCUUUUGCAAAAUGUGUCAUCAGGCCGAGCAUUAUAUGCAACGGUGGUGAAAGUAUGUUGUCAAGGAUUAUUUUCAACUUUCUUCUACUCUGAAGAAAGUGACCUGGGCCAUACUUUUGUGUGUAGUGACUUUUUCCCUCUCUGCUGUCCCAUUCGCAAAUGAAACAACAAACAUUUUGUGUAAACAACCAAAAUAGCAAUAACUUCAAAAUAUCCACAAAUUUUCCAAACAUGUUCACAGUAUUAAAUUUUUUCAAGAAGGAACUUCAUGUUCUCGUAAGUCUCUUUCAUAUUACGAGUAGAACCAUGGGCAAUCGCCACUGAAGGACAUUUGUUUUCGUUGUAAAGCAACACUGCUUUAAAGCUAGUUUUUGAGGAGUUGAUGAACAAUCGCCAGUGACUUGGAUCAUAUUCAAAAUUCAAUAAAUUGAUCACUACAGGAAUAUGAUUACAAUAGAAAUCAUCUUCUUUUGAAAAGUAAGGUUCCAUUUCAUCAUUACGAUGACGGAAACGGAAAGAAUUUUCGUACCAGGAGAAAGUAAAUUCCAGUUGUUUAAUUCAUUUAAUUCACUUUGUAUCAAUAAAUGCAGUUGUUUUGAAGUGGACGGUUCAUAAAAUACUGAUAUGAUCUUUUGGUUAAGUCCAAAUCACUAGUACACCAAAAGUUAAAUGUCUAGAUUCUUGUUUAGCACAACUUAAUAGGAGUCUCACACACCGGUUUUUUAAAAAGUGCAUAAUCUCCUGUCUACGUCAUCUCCAUCGCAAAAUAGCUCAAAUUUCUCUACAGGAGAAAAUAUAAUAUUGGUUGUAGUCUAGAUCGGGAAAGGAUUUAGACCUAUGUUGAAGGUCGCCAACAGUCCAACAGUAAUUUUUUUUCUACAGCAUUUGAAGCUGAAAAUACAUUGUCUGUCUUCAGUGCAGUUUUUAAAGAUUUCUGUUUGAUCCGCUUCUGUAAUGUAUGGUUUUUCUUUAGUAUUGAUAUCGUUGGUCAUAUCUUCUUCAGUAAGACCAAUUCUGCGCCAGAUGCUAAUUGGCGGGCUAUCUAUGUUACAAUAAUUGUAAUCUUCAUCUCCCGAUUCUUCAUCAGUAAGAAAACUGGUUUCGGGGGGUACAAUAUAUAUUCAGUCUACUGGUAAAUCUUAGGAAUAUGCAAUUUGAAGAGCUAAGAAAAGUCGCGUUGCCUAGAGUUGCCAUCUGACGACACAUCGAAAUAAACAUGUGCAGGUGUUAAUCAAAUCGGUAUUAUCAAUAAAUUAUAGAAAUAUA